GGCGGGUUGCGCUGGUGACGGGAGGACGCGCGGCCGCGGGCGCUGGGCCGGUGGAGGCGGCGGCGGCGGCGGCGGCGGACUCGGACCGGGCGGCGGACGCGGGCCGGGCGGCGGCGACGGGGAGGCCGCGGGCUUCUCACGCGGCGCGCGGGCCGGGAUGAGGGGCUGUGUCGGCGCGGCCCGCGCGCAGCCGGCAGGGUGGCACCUUGCCUUGUGGUGCUGAAGGAGGCGUCCCGAUGAUCCGCUGACAGUCUGCCGGGGUCACGGGGAGAGGCCGAGAUGUCCCAGCUGCAGGACUGCGAAUGUGAGAGCCAUCAUGCUGGCCUGCCCGAGCCUCGGGCCUCGGGGCCGAGCACCAGGCUGGAGUGGGUGGAGAUCAUCGAGCCGCGCACCCGCGAGCGCAUGUACGCCAACCUGGUGACCGGUGAGUGCGUGUGGGACCCGCCCGCGGGCGUCCGCAUCAAGCGCACCAGCGAGAACCAGUGGUGGGAGCUCUUCGACCCCAACACGUCGCGCUUCUACUACUAUAGCGCCACCACACAGCGCACCGUGUGGCACCGGCCGCAGGGCUGCGACAUCAUCCCCCUGGCCAAGCUGCAGACGCUGAAGCAGAAUACAGAGUCCCCUCGCGCCUCUGCCGACAACAGCCCCGGGCGCGGCAGCAGCCUCAGCCGAGAGGGCAGCACCAGCUCCUCCCUGGACCCCGAGCCAGACCCUGGGGAGAAGGCACAGGAGCUGCUGGGGAGGAGCAGGCAGAUGGCAUUUGGGGCUGCAAAGGAGGAAAGUGGCAGGUGGGCGCUGCGGGGCAGCUCUUCCCCACCAGGAGUGUUUCCUGAGAAGGACUAUGAGGUUUACCGGGAUUACAGUGCAGACGGCCAGCUUCUUCACUACAGGACCUCCUCCCUCCGGUGGAACUCGGGCACCAAGGAGCGCAUGCUCAUCAAAGUUGCUGACCGGGAGCCCAGCUUCCUCUCCCCACAGGGCAACGGGUUCCCCCAGGACAGCCAGCCUGGGGGCCGCUCCCGAAGACCCUCGGGUGGGCAGCACUCACCCAGCCUGCAGACCUUUGCCCCGGACACAGACAGCUCAGUCUUCUUCCCGGAGCGGAGGCCAUCGCCCUUCCUGAAGAGGUCCGAGCUGGGGAGCUGCUCCCCCCUGCUGACCCAGCCCCGCAAGCCGGCCUGCGACUCACAGCCCUCUUCCCCGCGCUAUGCCUACGAGCCCCCCCUUUAUGAAGAGCCCCCCAUCGAGUUUCAGGCCCCCAUCUACGAUGAACCCCCCAUGGACGUGCAAUACGAGGCCGGCGGUGCCUGCCAGGGUGGUUCCCCCCAGCGCUCUCCGGGCCGGAAGCCCGUGCCCUUCCCGCAGUCGCCCAAGCAUGCCUCUGCCUCCCCCUUCCAGCAGCUGGUGCUCACCCGACAGAAGUGCCCAGAGCGCUUCCUGAGCCUGGAGUACAGCCCUGCGGGCAAGGAGUAUGUGCGACAGCUGGUGUACGUGGAACAGGCCGGCUCGAGCCCCAGGCUGCGGGCAGGCCCACGGCACAAGUACACGCCCAACCCUGGGGGGGGGUCCCUCUCACUACAGCCCAGCCCCUGCCUGCUGCGGGACCAGCGCCUGGGGGUCACAUCUGGGGACUACAGCAGCAUGGAGGGGCCUGAGGUGCGGCAUGCCCCUCCGCCCUCACCGCUCCCCCAGGCCCAGGACGAUGCCAUGUCCUGGUCUAGCCAGCAGGACACCAUGUCCUCCACAGGCUACUCUCCAGGCACACGCAAGAGAAAGAGCAGGAACCCCUCUCUGUGCCAUGCCCCCAGUGCCUCGUCCACCGAUAGCCCUGGGGACCUCGACCUGCUCCCACAGUCCCUGGCUGAGGAGCGUCCCAAGUGUGGGCCCAGCCUGGCCCCGAAGCACAUGGAGGCCAAGACGGGCGAGGCAGACGGGGCACGGGGGGGCGCCGAGCCCUUCCUGGCGCAGGCGAGGCUGGCCUGGGAGGCUCAGCAGGCCCACUUCCACAUGAAGCAGAGGGGGAGCUGGGACUCCCAGCAGGAUGGCUCAGGCUACGAGAGUGACGGGGCCGUGCCCCUGCCCAUGCCCGGGCCUGUGGUGCGCGCCUUCAGCGAGGACGAGGCCUUGGCCCAGCAGGAGAGCAGCCGGCACUGGCAGAGGGGCGCCUUGGAGAGGCUGGCCUUCCCCCAGAUCUUGCUCGAGAAAAGCGUCUCUGUGCAGACCAACCUGGCCUCCCCUGAACCCUACCUCCACCCCUCACAGUCCGAGGACCUCGGCUCCUGUGCCCAGUUUGAGAGCGGCCGACAGCCCCGGAGUGUGAUGCCCAGUGCCAGCUGCGUGUUCCCCACAUUCACUCUGCGCAAGCCAUCCUCAGAGACCGACAUCGAGAACUGGGCCUCUAAACACUUCAACAAGCACACGCAGGGCCUCUUCCGGCGGAAAGUGUCCAUCGCCAACAUGCUGGCCUGGAGCAGCGAGUCCAUCAAGAAGCCCAUGAUCGUGACCAGCGACCGCCACGUGAAGAAGGAGGCGUGCGAGAUCUUCAAGCUGAUCCAGAUGUACAUGGGCGACCGGCGUGCCAAGGCGGACCCGCUGCACGUGGCCCUGGAGAUCGCCACCAAGGGCUGGAGCAUGCAGGGCCUGCGGGACGAGCUGUACAUCCAACUCUGCCGGCAGACCACGGAGAACUUCCGCCUGGAGAGCCUGGCCCGAGGCUGGGAGCUCAUGGCCAUCUGCCUGGCCUUUUUCCCACCCACACCCAAGUUCCACUCCUACUUGGAGGGCUACAUCUACCGGCACAUGGACCCCGUCAACGACACCAAAGUGACACAGCACAUGAAGCAGCUCCUGGACAGGAACUCUAAGAAGAAGUCCAAGUUGAGAAAGAAACCCAAGCCCUAUGUUGAGGAGCCAGAUGGGGUGGCGAUCAGCACAUAUGCCAAGUACUGCUACCACAAGCUGCAGAAGGCAGCCCUGACAGGGGCCAAGAAGGGACUGAAGAAACCCAACAUGGAGGAGAUCCGGCAUGCCAAGAACGCGGUGUUCAGCCCGUCCAUGUUCGGCAGCGCCUUGCCGGAGAUCAUGAGCAUGCAGAAGGAGCGCUACCCAGAGCGGCAGCUGCCCUGGGUGCAGACCCGGCUGUCUGAGGAGGUGCUGGCGCUCAACGGUGACCAGACAGAAGGCAUCUUCAGAGUCCCCGGGGACAUUGAUGAAGUGAACGCCCUGAAGCUCCAGGUGGACCAGUGGAAGGUGCCUACAGGCUUGGAGGACCCCCACGUCCCCGCGUCGCUGCUGAAGCUGUGGUACCGGGAGCUGGAGGAGCCCCUGAUCCCGCACGAGUUCUACGAGCAGUGCAUCGCUCAGUACGAGAGCCCGGAGGCUGCCGUGGCCGUGGUGCACUCGCUGCCCCGCAUCAACCGCCUGGUGCUGUGCUACCUCAUCCGCUUCCUCCAGGUGUUCGUGCAGCCUGCCAACGUGGCCAUCACCAAAAUGGAUGUAAGCAACCUGGCCAUGGUGAUGGCGCCCAACUGCCUGCGCUGCCGAUCGGACGACCCGCGCGUCAUCUUCGAGAACACGCGCAAGGAAAUGUCCUUCUUGCGCGUGCUCAUCCAGCACCUGGACACCAGCUUCAUGGAGGGCGUGCUGUAGCGCGUGGGCCGGGGGACGAGGGUGGGGACACCAGGCUCGGUGCACCAGGGCAGGGGAGCACGUGGGGAGGGGGGAGGGAAUGCCCCAGCCGUGGAGGUAGCAUGCCAGGCUCCGGCCAUGCCCGGCCCAGCCCUGGAACAUCCCCCCUCCCCCAGGACUCGGCCAGGGUAGAGGGACUUUGAGAAGGGUGCCUCUGACUCCACCUGCCUCAUGGCCAGUGCCGGGGGACUGCCCGUCCCCCACCACACGCCAGCCAGGGUCAGCCCCAAGAAAGUGCCUUCUGUUUCCUGGAGCCAAGUGACACUGCCCCACAGGCGCCGAGGGCACAGCCACCUCCCGGGGCUCCUGUGCUCAGCCUGGGCCUGGCGUGGGCCCUUCAGGUAGCCUCUCUCCCUCAAUCGUCUGACCUGCAGUUUCCUCCCUACUCAGGCCCCCAUUCCCUAGCCACCUGUGGCCUCCAGCAUACUAACUGCACAGGAGUUUGGGGGCUCCAGGAGACUGGGCUAUCCAACAUCUGAGCCUGGCCCAGGCAGAGCCCGGCAGGCUAUCUCUGGGUGGGGAGGGACCCCCAAACCAAAGUCCUCUGAGGGGGCAGGCAUGGGCAGGCAUUCUUGGGGCAGGGUGGGGGAGGACAAGAGUAUUUUUUCUUGGUGUAACUAUAAAUUCAGAAUCUAUCCUGCAGCCCAACCCUCCUGUGUAUAGAGAUAUAAAUAGAGGGAAAGAUAUAAGAACUACAUUUGCUAAUGACAUAGUUUUAACCCAAAUGUUAUUUAUCUCCAAGCCAUCCUAACCCGUCCUCUGUGAAGAGCAAGUUAUUUCUUUUUCUUCUCCACUUUUUGGCUUCUGACCAAAAACCAUAUCCUGCCUCUCCCCAGAGCGAGAGGGAAGGCGCUGAGGGCGCCCAGGACUGCCCUUCCUGGAGGCCAGAGCUGGGGAGAGGGGACCCCUAGACUCUCAGUUUGUACAUUUUCCAUUUUGGAAUUUUCAGUUUAAAUUACAAAACUUAAUUUCUCCCCAGUUUUUAUAUAUAUAUAUAUUUUUAGAGUUGAGUUUUUAUUUAUUAAAAAAGCCCAGCCCUGCAGAAGCUCGGGUACCCUUGGAUGGUGUGUCCUCAGUCAGGUGAUUUUGGGCCUGAGUGGGGCAACCUUAGCCACAGACUUGCUCUGACGCAUGGACUGAAGAGGUGACAACUGUGUGAAUAAAGUACAUAUGGAACCUUGG